AUGGGGGCGCCCCAGCUGCGCCAGACCACGUCUGGGACUGACCUGUACGCGCAGCGCCGCUUCCAGGAGGAGGUGGCGCGGUGGCUGCAGUGCCGCGCGACGCCCGAGGAGCGGGCGCGGUACACCAGGUACUUCGCCCUGGUCCAGGAAGCUUCCACGGCAGCUGCGCGGCAGAGGGCGGCGCUUGAGGUGCAGCAACUCGGCACCGCCCGCAGCGCCGCCAGCAGCGGCGGCGCCAGCGGCGGCAGCACCGCGCGCAGCCGACGCGCGCCACUCUGGUCGGACAUCCCGGAGGCCGCCACGGCCGGGGCGCUGGAGACGGCGGCGCGGAGGGCGCGCCUGGCGUCGGCGCCGGCGUGCGCCGCCGCCGCGCGGCUGGGGACAGGAGCGACCCGCGCUGCGGCCGCGGCAGCCGCGGCCCGGCCUGAAUCGGCCGCGGCCGCGUCGUGGCUGCACACAGCCACCCUUGGAGCAGGGCGCGGAGGCGCAACGCGCAGCCUGAACCAGCGGCCAUCCACAGCGUCAGCCGCGCCACCAGAUGCCACCGCGCCAGCCGCGGCCCCACGCCCCGCCGCCUCUGCCGGCCUGCGCUUGCCCCUCGGCGUCCCCACCGCCGCCGCCGCCGCCGCCGAGCCCCCACGGCUCUCGGCGACUGCCACCCUGUCAGCUCGCGCGGCGGCGGCCGCGGCGGCCCCGCCGGCGCCUAAGAUGGGUCCCCUGGACAUAACCUCGUCGGCGGCGUCCUAUGGGCUCAAGGACCUGUACCCUGAUCUGUGGGCCAACACGCUGCCCAUCUGCCGCCCCGAGGCGGCCCCCAACAAGAAUUUUGUCAGCGACUGGGGCGAGUCCCUGCGCAAAGGCUCUGAGGAGACCUGGGCGCCAUUCCUGGACAGCUCCUACACUGUGGCCAACGCACAAGUACACAAGCCGACCGACGACUUCCGCGUGCGCCAGCAGCGCGCGCUGGCGUCCUGGGUGGCCAAGCAGCGCACCUACUGCGAGGGCCUGCUGACCCCCGCCGCCACGGACGGCGUCGUGGCGCUGCUGGGGCAGCUGCCGGGGCCCCAGAAGACGGAGCUGGUGGAGCUGCUGCGCCAGCUCAGCGCGGUGGUGCAGCCCGAAAGCUCCAAGCCCGUGUCGCAUGAGCUGCACUGCCCCCAGUACAGCGCGGAGGAUGCAGAGACGACGCGCCUCCUCAAGGAGCAGACCCGCAUCAAAACCAUGGGCGCGCCGCGCAAGGUGGAGGUCAAGGGGUUUAAACACACGGCGCACACCCAGCCUGCGGCGGCGGCGGCGGCGGUGGACCCUGCUGGGUCAGCAGGGGAUGCUGGCACCGAGCAGGCUCCUGAGGCGACAGGUGCCGCGGCGGCCACCGCGGCUGCGCCGCGGCGCCGUCCUAGUGCUGCCAAGGGUGCCGCCAAGGCGUCAGACCUGGUCGAGACCCUCAGCAGCAAGUGCCCCCUGAAGUGGGCGUGCGCCGAGCUGUACCCCGCCACGAGCUCGUACACAUCAGCAUUCGGCUCCCACCCCUCGCGCACGGCGCAGAUGCACCGAGUCGUAUUCCCGGAGGUCAACGCGGGCUGGGGCCACGUGGACGAGGUGCGUUACCCGCAGUCCAGUGCGGUGUACCCGAUCCCCCAGCGCUUUGUGGAGCCGCGGCGCACCCUUGGCGAGGCCCCCUCCGACGCCGACGCCAAGACCACCAACCGCCUCUCGUAUCGGCCGAGGGACCACGCCGCCAUGCUGCGCGCCGUGGCCGGCGCCCGCGACCAGAUCGAGGCGAGCCGCGCCGCCCGCCACGUCAGCCACAUCCCCCUCAGCAAGGCGGGCGUGCAGGCGGCGCCGCAGUGGGCCACCAGCUACGGGUCUGAGUUCAAGGACCGGCCGGCGGACCUGACCGCGAACAGGGCCAUGGCGGAGGCGGUGUCGGCGAUGUUCAAGUGA